CUCAACACAAAUCAACUAUAAUGGGUUUUCCUCCUCAACAAAAGAUUUUCCAUCUGAUCAUAUUCUUUGGUUAUUGUUUUUGUCUUGGUAGAGCCAUUGAUUGUGGUGGAAAUCAUGUUACAAAUAUCAUUGUUGUUGAUCAACAAGGAAGAGGAGCAUUCAAAAUGAUUCAACAUGCCAUUGAUUCAAUAGUGAAUAACAAUAAUCAGUGGGUUAAGAUUCACAUAAAUCCUGGAAAAUAUGUGGAAAAUAUUUAUAUUCCCAACGACAAACCAUGCAUCAUUUUAGAAGGAUCUGAUAGAAUAACCACAAUAGUUAGUCAUGGUGAUAGACAAGCAACAACAACAUUUGUUUCAAAUCCACCUAAUGUGAUUUUGAGUGGUAUUACAUUUGAGAAUACAUUUGGAAGUGAUGGAGCAGCUGUAGCUGCUACUAUAAGUGGUGAUAAAUCAGCAAUAUUUAACUGUGGUUUCUUGGGUUAUCAAGAUACUUUGUGGGAUAGAACGGGACGUCAUUAUUUUAAGAAUUGUUAUAUUCAGGGUGACGUUGACUUUAUUUUUGGUGAAGCUCAAUCUUUUUACGAGGAUUGUGUGAUAAAUGCAACACAAGAUAUAUCUAAAUUUUCGGGAUAUAUCACUGCCCAAUUUAGGAAUUCAUCAAAUGAACCAAGUGGUUUUGUUUUUAGAGGAGGACGCAUUGACGGAAUUGGGAAAGUGAAUCUAGGAAGGGCAUGGGGCCCUUAUUCAAGAGUUAUAUUUUGGGAAACAUACCUUUCUUCGGUUGUACUUCCUCAAGGAUGGGAUGCUUGGGACUACAAAGGCCAUGAAAACAACUUCGUCUAUGCUGAAGUUGAUUGUACAGGACCAGGGUCCAAUACUAAAGGGCGUGUACCUUGGGAGAAGAAGCCGAAUGAAAUAAACAUAAAUGAUUAUUCUUUAUCAUCUUUCAUAAAUGAAGAUGGAUGGCUUAACAAUAUACCAAAUAUAUUUCUAUAAUUUACUUUACAUAGGCUGAGUUGAGAUAUUGAUAUACACAAAUAAGGUAUAUUGAAUCAACUUCUCUACUUUGAAUGCCAGCUCGUUCCAUUAUUAGUUUUUCAAUAAAAUAGUUGUUACGAAUCUUGUAGUUAUUCUAGGGGUUAUUCUAAA